AUGGGGAAAAUCGAAUGGGCACCUUUGAACGUGCCUUUGAGAAGGAGACUCGAGACUUUAUCCACCGCCUUGUGGAUGUGGUUGAUCCUUUUCGGUGAACUGGGCAUGCUAAUAUCCUAUUUUCUCCUGCUGAUCUACGGCAAUUUGUUCAUCAAAACCCUGUGUGUCAUUUACGGGUAUUUCAUCUACACCGAUCGCAAAGUCACACUCAACGGAGGUCGUGGCCAAGGAGUAAAAUGGUUCCGCGAUCUGUUUUGGUGGCGGCUCUACCAGAGCUACUUUCCGGCGAAGCUGCACAAAACGGUUGAUCUUGAUCCCAACCGGAACUACAUCUUUGCAGCAUUUCCCCACGGCGUGUUGGGACUGGGAGCGUUCAUCAAUUUCGCCACCAAUGCGACCGGUUUCCACAAAAACUUCCCCAAAAUUCGUUCGCGACCCGUGACCCUCAACUUCCACUUCAUGAUCCCGUUCUUCAGAGAGAUCCUGCUGAGCUGGGGACUCGUGUCGGCCAACCAGAACAGCAUUCUGAGCCUACUAAAGGCAUCAAACAAGUCAGACCACCCGCUCAACGAGGAUGGGUUCACUUCGAACGCCGUCGUGAUCGUCGUCGGUGGAGCGGCCGAAUCCUUGCACUGCCGACCGAACAACUACACGCUGGUUCUGCGCAAACGAAAAGGCUUCUGCAAGCUAGCCCUCAAAGCCGGCACGCCACUCGUACCGGUCAUGACGUUCGGUGAGGUGGACCUAUUCGAUCAGCCACCAAACCCACCCGGUUCGAAGCUGCGCCGGUUCCAGGAGUUCGUCAAAAACACGACCGGAAUCGCACCGGCUGCAUUCGUUGGCCGUGGUUUCUUCCAGUACAGCUACGGAUUGAUCCCACGGCGGAAGCCCCUCAACACCGUCGUUGGUGCUCCGGUAGAGGUGCCCCAGGUGGACAACCCUACCAACGAACAGGUCGAUGAGGUGCACGAGCGAUUCUGCCGGGCUUUGGACGAUUUGUUCGAAACCAACAAACCGCGCUUCAUAGCCGAUCACAAAACUGUGAAACUUGUGCUAGAGUAAACCAAAGUCGCGUGGCAAACGCGACCACCAUCUGCGUACACGACAGGCUGUGUGUAUGGCUAUGGUGCCGGAGAAACACACGCACAAACCUCUCCACUGCUACAAACGUCUUAUGCUGGCUCGUAGAAUUUGUAGUGUGCGAUCAUCCCCCAUCAACGAGCAUUUCGUUGCCAUCGACAUUUGAGGACUGAGACUGCGUGAAUAGGAGAAAACAACGACAAAAAAUACCCUGGUCCCAUAUCCUAAGACCCAACCGCCACCCAUCAUAAUUGUUCAUUUCGACGGAGUGGUCAAAUACUAGCACCUAAGGCAGACGGGUUAGCAUUUAAUGUUAAUAGUAUAGCUGUAUCCUUUUUUGGGGUUUUUGUUUCAUUGGGUGUUUUGUUUUUCUACGGGAGCGUUGGUCUGCCUUUAGAGCAUUAUUUUGCUUGGUAAGAAGGACGAACAGUGCACACAUAUCCACUUCCUAUUUUUUCCCUCCAUUAUAUAUGUUAAUUGUUACUGAAUCGAAGUAUUUGAAACACGUGGUUAAAGCAACAGUGAUUAUCGGACAAGAACAACAACAAAUAACUACUUUCAAAUAAA